AGUGCACCACUGAGCUGUCAGACAUCCGUGCCAGCUGAGAGUAUACGGAUGUAUCCUUGGGGUCCCAAGUUAGUUCUGUACUUGUGCAAGCAUCGCAAGCAUCCCAGCUCCGUGUAUCCACCAUGAGGAUCUACAGGGUGUUAUACCGCCAAGCUCGGGCUCUCAUGGAACAGAGACUCGAUUAUUACUCUCAAUUUAACCCAUCUCCCUUGUCCAUGCAACAAUUUACGGAUUUUGGUGAAAAUGCCACAAACAGAGAUUCAUUUUUGUUCUUACGCAAGGAGCUACCAGUACGACUUGCAAACAUUAUGAAGGAAUUUCAUCUAUUGCCAGAGAAACUCCUCCACAUGCCAUCUGUGUGUGAUGUACGGGACCUUUAUCGCAUGAGUUUUAUAGAUCUUCUAGAAUUUGAAGAUGGCAGUUGCUCUAAUUCUUCUAUUCUUGACAAGUUUACUGACACGCUGUUAAAAAUUCGUAAUCGCCAUAAAGAUGUAGUGAUGACCAUGGCUCAGGGAGUGAUUGAGUUGAAGGAUGCUCAUUCAAUUAAUGCCAACACAGAGGCCAACAUCCAAUAUUUCCUCGAUAGAUUUUACAUGAAUCGCAUCUCCAUCAGGAUGCUCAUUAACCAGCACACAAUUCUCUUCGGUGAUGGUGUGCAUGCACAGAACCACAUAGGAUGUAUAGACCCUCACUGUGAUGUUGUUCGUGUGAUAGAAGAUGCGUAUGCCAAUGCUCGCUUUCUUUGUGACCAGUAUUACCUUGCAUCUCCAGAGCUUGUAAUAAAAUAUCAUAAUGAAAAGGACAAGGCGACAAAAACCAUAAAAGAAGCUGGAGCACCAGGGGACAAAACGCCUGCAUCAGUUGUAUAUGUCCCGUCUCAUCUUUAUCACAUGCUUUUUGAACUCUUCAAAAAUAGCAUGCGUGCUGUUGUUGAGCACUAUGGUACUAGUACUGAUGUGUUCCCUCCUGUAGAAGUGCUUCUAGUCAUGGGUCAUGAGGAUCUUACUAUUAAGUUAAGUGACUUAGGCGGUGGCAUUCCCCGAAGUCAAAUGGAUCUACUCUUCAACUACAUGUACUCCACUGCACCACAGCCAGCUGUUUCUGGGCUAGAUACACCACCUCUGGCUGGUUAUGGUUACGGGCUUCCACUGUCCAGAUUAUACGCUCGCUACUUCCAUGGAGACCUGAUGCUAACAUCGUGUGAAGGUUAUGGUACUGAUGCCAUAAUCUUCUUAAAGGCCCUCUCAAGUGAAGCCAAUGAACUUCUUCCAGUGUAUAACAAGACUUGUCAGAGGCAGUACUCUACUCCUGUUCAAACCCACGAUUGGUCUUCACAGUCUCAUUCAGCCAUGUUCAUUCGCCCCUUUUCAACUAAUUCCCGCAACAAACAUAAUCAGGGAAAGAAUUCUCUUAGUGGCUGAAAGCUAGUGAUGUACUAAAAAGCAAAGGGGAAUAUACAUUUUAUGAAUUUUUGCAGCAUUCAAACAGAAGGUCUCUUAAAUAAAGUUUAUAAAAUAUAAUGGCAUACACCUUAAAGAAUGCUAGUAUCAGCUACCAGUCUAAAGCAUUGUAUUCACUGUAGUUGUAUGCUUACAGUACAAUGUACUUUACAUAUUGUACAGAGGUUGAUACAAAUAUUACUUUGUAAGACUCUUCUAUACCAAAGAUAAAAAAUUUACUUAAGUGAUUGUUUUCAAAGCUCUCAGAAAACUUCAAUCUGUAAAGCAUUUUUGGUAAACAGUGAUAUUUAUUAAUGUCCAGAAAGACAUUUUAAAUGCAAUUAUAAAAUAUCAGAUAUUUUAAAAGGUGAUAUACAUAUUGUAGAUAUGUAUAUAGAAAUGCCCUUAGUUAAAUAUAGACUAAGGAGAUGAUCAUUAAUAGAUCAUUGAAAUAACUGAAUAUGCUAGUGAUACCUAGUUUGUACUUGGACAACUAUAAACAGUUGGCAGUAAAAUAAUUUCAACGUUGUGUGAUAUUAUAAAAUACAUAGAAAAUUCUCGUCUAUUCAAGAAUUAUUUCAAGGGUGGUGAUAGCAUUUAAGAACAAGUUUGAAAAUCUAGACAUGGAUUAAGUUUGGUUUUGUAUUGAUUACUGAAUAUAGUGAUUUGGAUUGAAUUUUUUGUAUGUAGUCUAGAUAUUCGUACAGUGUAGUAAAAAAAAAGUGCACUUAAGCGAAGAACCUCUUGGUCCAAAAUAUCAUGAUGAGGGUCCUCUUCUAAGUGCAAGUUUUUGAUGUAUUGUUCCAACCAUGGUAUUUCGACUUUAUAUUCUUUAGUUAUCAAAUUCUGUUUCUUAAUUGAUGAAUACUGAUUACUUGAUUUUUCUUUUGGUUGUGAAAGAACCAGAAAUUGAUGAAAGUAAGUUAUUUAGAAUUGAAGAGUAAUGUGUUCAUAACUUCCCUGAUAAGCAGUAUUGCUUUCCUGUGUCACACGUCUCAAAAUAGUCGGCUGUUUUAAAACAUGUUGGCCAUUUGAAUUAUGGUAGUGUGGUAUGCAUUCCAGUUGAUCAAUGCAGUCACUUUUAUAUUUUCACUUUCUACAUUGUUUACAUUUUUGGAUAGUGCUAAAACCACUGAGUGAAAAUUAUUAAUGUACAACAUUCCUUGAAAUUUUAAAAGUAAGUUUUUUCAUUAAGUGUGAUAAUGCGAAGCAGUACUGCCCAUAUUUAAGUGUGGAACUUGUUUGGUUCAGUUUUAAUUUAAGUAAUGAAGGAAAAUUCUUUCAGAAAAAGCAUUCAAAUAUUUGAGGAUACUGUGCUAUGAAAAACUAUGAAAUCAGUGUAUAUACUGUAUGAACAGUACAGUGAACCCCCGCAUAACGAUCACCUCCGAAUGCGACCAAUUAUGUAAGUGUAUUUAUGUAAGUGCGUUUGUACGUGUAUGUUUGGGGGUCUGAAAUGGACUAAUCUACUUCACAAUAUUCCUUAUGGGAACAAAUUCGGUCAGUACUGGCACCUGAACAUACUUCUGGAGUGAAAAAAUAUCGUUAACCGGGGGUCCACUGUAUUGUAAAUAGUCCUUUCUUUGGCCUCUCCAGUGAAAAUUGGUAAAUUUUCAUAGCCAUUGCCUUACAGCAGAAGGGAAAUACUUAUUUUGAAUGUGUUAUAUUACUAUUGUACCAUACAUUAUAUCUAUUUAACAGAUUUUGGAGAGUAGUCUGAACUGUCAGGACACUUAUGGCAAGACUGCAGUUGAAUGAAUUAGUGAAUGUUUCCUCUCUAUUAGGGGUGGGUGGUAGAGAAGACGUCUUGUGUAAGGGGGAUGAGUCCAUUGUCCGGACAGUUCAUUAAACCCAAAUUUCUGUUGCUGUUGCAAUCGUGGGAAAAAACAGUCUAGUUAGGAUUGACUGGACAUCUUUCCCAGGAUUGACUGGACACCCUCUCAGCCCCCUUUCCCCCUUUUAGUCUGUUGAGAAUUCACUGUAGUUGUCUUGAUUUGUCUAUAUUUUGGGUGUUACUUAAUAUGAUUAUAUAUUUUAAAUGUUCCUUGAGUACAUUUGUACAUAAAAUAAAUUUUAUUUUUUUGUAAAAUUGUAAUUUGGAUCACACUAUGUAAUUUGUAUCCCUAAUCAUACACACAUUGUUUCUGAGCUUAGAAGUGCCCUACGGAAUACCACUCCUCAUAACGUGCUGAAUGAUUCAUAUGGAUCUAGCUCUUUUUUGUGAAUAUAAUAGAAAUUGUGUAACUUAUAAUACAGAAUUGUCCCUAUUUACAAAAUGAUUGGUUAAAUUACUCUGCUUUGCCAUUUAAGCAAGAUACACAUAGCAACUUAGCACAUAGGAUACACUUGUUAUAUCUAACAGCUACCUUUUUUUUUUUAUGUACUGAUUUUUGUGCUGAGCUCAAAAUUUAAGUCUGCAUGAAAGUAAUUAUUAUGUGGCAGUUUUAAAUAUUUCUUUAUUAAUCUUAAGUAAAUGCUUAAAUUUGUGAUUUUUGUAAAAUAUACCUUUUUUUUUUUUUUUAAAUCUGUCUUCUGAAUUGAAAUAAGUGGUUGACUGUUUACUCGUAAGUAUAUCUUGAAAGGUACAUUAUUAUUUAUUUUUUAACACUUCGGCCGUCUCCCAAAGAGACAAGUGACCCCAAAAAAAAAGAAACUAGGUAAAAAGAAGAAAAACUCGUUAAAAAUUAGUACAGAAGGGGUUACUAGCCCCUUGCUCCUGGCAUUUUAGGCUUCUCGUAUGACAUCCAUGACUUGUAGAGAAGGGAUUCUUCUCUUGCCCUUGGUGUAUUUUUUUAUUUUAGUAUUUUUUUUAUUAUAUUACCAAGGGUAGCUUAACAUAGUUCAAAUUUAUAAAUGUUAUAGAUGAUGCAGCCCAUGCCUUGUAAUAAGUCUUGUUAGAACACUAUGAAUCUUCCAAGGUAGAAAUCAUAAAUACAAAAGCAUUAGCAUUUCAAAGGGAAAUGUGCAUUUGAGUUAUGUUAGUGGAAAGAGAGAGAAUUUGGAAUUUUAUAACAAAUCUAGAAAUGUUAGUUUUCUAAUUUAAUAGUGACAUUUUACUAUGCUCUAAAUAAACCACGAAACUUAUUGGGAUAUUACGUAAACUAAAGUUUUUAAUGAUUAAAACAAAUUCUCAUUUAUUGUGGCUUCAGAAUUUUUUUUUUAAAUAUUAAGUUAACCAUUACUUUAAACAGUUUUACUCUCAUGACUACCCUUUUGAGACCAGGGGCAGUGCUGUAAGAUCCUUGUGGGUUUAGUGCUUAGUUAUGAUUAUAAUAGAGACCUGGGAUUAGUCUGUUACCUUGGGAUGCCUUGGCUUAUUUAUUUUUCAUAUAAUGGGCCUUAACAUUUAAGGAUGAAUGCAAAGGCUGAGAUUCUCCUGUGUUUCUUUUCUAUAAUUCCCAACAAGUUGGUGAACAAUUUUUUCCUUGAUGGAGGUAAAAUGGGAGAUCAGGUGCUGAUCCUACUGAAACAAUAGGCUGCUCAUAUCUGGCUAAUGCUAAGUGUGCAUUGGAAAGUUUCUACCAUAUGUUUUGUUGCUGUCUUGCUGCCUGUUUGUUACUUGUAUCUACCUCUUUUAGCAAUCCUGUAAAAUUAUAGCCACACAUUUCUUUUGGAUCAUGACAUAUCACAGGUGACCUGACAAUGCCCUAUUGCAAUCUAAUUGUUCUCUGAAGUACUGAUAGUGCCAUAACUUCUCAGACCAGCUCAAUCCAGAGCCCUUCCUUCCUCUGUUAGUAUAUAUUGCAUUCUUGCAGCUCUCCAUGCCAGCUCUCAUACUCGAGGCCUGCAUUAUUAUCCUGCAAUCUACCCCCACAAAAGUCCCUCAGCUUUUCAUUAUGUUAAAGCCAAUAGAUUACUAGAGGAUGCAUUUUUCUGAUACAUUCUUUUACAAACUUUUAAUCCUAGAUUACCUAGGAUGGGUUAGAGUGAAAGUUAAACCUGCCUCAUCCCUUCAUAGAAGAUGCCUUGAUGCUGGUAAAUGGCUCUUGACCUAAAGAACCAGACUUACCUUUUUUCCUUGGGUCAAACCUGAAUUCCUCUUAUUUCCAUGGUGCAUUGUGACUUCUAUAGGUUUAGCACUUCCCUCUGAUUAAAAAAAAAAAUCACUUGCUAUUUGUUUUUAUUUCUAUAUCUUGUACAAUGAAAGUGUAUUUCUCAAAUCCCACAUUUUUUCACACUAUCACUUCAUGUAGUUCACUUCUUAUUUACCCAGGAUGUGACCCACAGCAAUCUUCUAACACCCAGGUAUCUACUGUACUUACUGCUAGGUGAGCAGGGGCAGCAGGUGUAAGGAAGCAUGCCCGUUUCCAACAGUACCGAGGAUCCAACUAUGUACUGCCCUCAUUUCAGUAGUUUUAUCCUCUCUUUACCUCGAGACAAUUUGGGGAUCCUGGUUUCAUCCUUGCCCAAAUUGUUGAUAUUGUUGCAGCUUUACUUUCCAUUUCUUUUGGGAGGGUUGGACUCAUGAUGACCUUGCCGAAUUUUUUCACAGCAUGUUUUAAAUAUCUUGGCUUCCAACCAGGUUGUUCCUUAGACGCUUGUAUUUAUUGACCUUCCUCUUUGGUACUCUUUCAUUGCUUUGGUUGAAUGAUAGACAAUGGUUGCACUUAUUUCCAUAAUUUUAUCGCCUCGCCUCCUUAUUGACAUUGAAGCUGCAAAUUGGGUACUCUAUCCAAAUAGACAAACAGGUAAUUAUACCAUACUAUUUCAUUUCUCUGCUGAUGAGCUGUAUGAUGCAAACAAAAUGAAUAAUAAUUCAGCUGCUGAUGCCUCCAUUAAUGACCUGUCAUAAUCUGUUUGAUGGCUGCUGUCAUUGUUCUUCUGGGGCUCCCAUGAAUUUUUUAAGUAAUUUUUCUGUCUGGUUGAAUCACAUCUAAAGUAUAGGCACUACCAGGGCAAUUGUACUACCAAUAACUAUUUGCUUUAAUGCAGGGGCUUCUUCACAUUGUUAUAUGGGCAGUUAAGCAUAUAUAUUUGCAUUUAAACGAGAAAUCGUGUGUUGAUGCUGGGGGUACAACACUGGAUAAGCUCAGUCUUCUCUUUGCUUCUUACUGAAGCAGAAAAAGCUCAGUGAUGUAUUUAUUUAACAGAAAUCUGUUAAUUAAUAUUGUCCUUGUUUUCUUUAUUGACAAAUACAAGGAUUUUAUUAAUAUUAUGUACAGUAUUUGCAUCUGUAUGAAGUGUGGCCUGCAGAGUGUACUACCUUUAAUAAAGUGGCCUGCCAGCCAAAAUAAUUGCUCACCCCCUGGGCUAGCAAGUGCUCUUGCUCCCCUCUAUGUAACAUAUGUGCAGCUGAUUGUGGAACACAUUUUUAACAGUUUGCCAACAGCUGAGGCCUUUCCACUUUCACCGUGGUUUCUACAAUUACCAAGGUGCCUUUAGGGACCUCAGAGGCAAGUCUUUUGACUGUAAUUUAAUGGGAUUCUUAACUGAUGCUGGUUGUUUUAACUUGAUAUAUUAAUAUUUAACUGUGUUGUGUGUAUUAUAAAUAUUUGUUUUUCUGCCAGGAGUUCUAAAUGAUCACUGUCAAAGUGGAGAUCCAAUACUAAAACUACCUUAUUCAGUGCUAGUUGAGUCAAAUCUUCAUCAGACUGAGGUCAUCUUUUACUGGAAACUAAGUCAGUGUGCUGGGAAAUGAACCUAAAUUUCACAUGUGCAUUCUGCAGCUCAGAGCCUUCCAAACUGAUUUAUAUAUACCGAGUUUAAUUUCAGUGAGUAAUAUCCAAAUAACCAUUUGAUGAAGCCAAAUUGGAUCUUCCAUGCACAGUAUGCUCUUAUUUACCUCUGUGCACAAUGAUAUUAACGAUAAAUUUUUGUGGUAAAACGCACACAAGUUUGGAGCACUCGUGAUAACUUUUUCAUAUCGACUGUAUAGUUCAAUGUGUGGGUUGGGUUGAAAAUGAAAGAUUAUGACCAUAUCUGAAAUUAAAAGGGAACACUUUAAAGUUACUAUAAUAUGGUAGUUUUUCUCUUGGAAAGUAAAAAAAAAUUAAUUUUAUAUAGCUGAUAAAUGAAGAAUUGUACAUAUGAAUACUGAAAAAUCUUAGGCACAACCAGGAGUUCUGACCAUGCCAGUUUUUGGUUAAAAUGUCUGUAAAAACUUUUAUAAAUACAGUACAUAAAAAUGUAUUUAUAGGCAUACCAUUUUCGCAAGUCCCUGAAUGCAGUUGUGGGACUUGAACAAAGGAAUUGGACUUGCUGUUUUCUUUCCUAGAUAAAACCUGAUGACGCCUAUGAGUUUAGCACCCAUCAUCUCUUCACGAAUGUAGUAGUAAUAAUAGGGUAGGAUCCAACUUGCAACAAUAACAUAUUCUCAAUAAUUGAUCAUAGGUUGAAUGUUAGAUACUCGGAGCCUAUUUUCCCAUUAGAAACAAUGUAAAAUGUAUUAAUGUGCUCCUGAGCUUUAAUUUUCCACAUCUAAUAUUUGUUAAUUUUCUCGUAUGAAUUUUUACCUAAUCCUUUAUCUUCAAUAUGCUUUUUCAAAUUAAUAUUUCUGUGUACGUAUUAAUCAAAAAACAUAAUAAAUAGUAAUAGUGUUGAAUGAUGAAAGUUUUUUCUUUGUUAGGGUUUUUCGUUCUUUUUGGGUCACCCUGCCUCAGUGGGAAAUGGCCAACUUGUUAAAAAAGAAAAAAAAAUAAUACAGUACAACCUCUCCUCAAUGAUGGAGUUUCGUUCCUAAGACCACAUCCUUAAACGAAUUUGUCACUAAGCAAGGAGCAAACUAUAAAAGUAGUGGGUUUGUGUCGACCAUCUUUGAUAUUGCUUUACUGUCACCUUUGCACCUUUUAUAAAAUUUUUGGUAUAUUUUUAAAUGUUAAUACAAUAGUGUACUGUAUAUUAUAAACAGAAUAGAGGAAAUACGUAAGCUCUAAUAUACAUUAUUUAGGUAUACCUACUGGUCAGAGAGCCAGUCGUAAGUCCAAGGCGUCGGUAAAUGAGUAUGUCACUAAGUAAAGAGAGGCUGUAUUUAACCCUUUCAAGGUUGCUGCCAUACUAGUACGGCUUGCACGCCAGGGAUGGUGCCGUACUAGUACUCAUGAAUUCUAGCGCCUUCAAAUCUAGCGAGAGAAAGCUGGUAGGGCUACAUAUGAAAGAAUGGGUCUGUGGUCAGUGUGCGCAGUAUAAAAAAAAAUCCUGCAGCACACUGCAUAAUGAGAAAAAAAAAAAAAAAAUUCCGACCAUGUUUUUGGUUUAGAACGGCGACUUUGCAGUGUACUAUUUUCGUAUGCUAUUUAUGGUUGUAUUCUAGUUUUCCUGGUCUCAUUUUAUAGAAUGGAAGACAUAUUAUGGAAAUUGAGAUGAUUUUUAUUGGUUUCACAAUGAAAAGUACCUUGAAAUUGAGCUCAAAGUAGCAGAAAUGUUCGAUUUUUGCCGAAGUUCAAAAGUAAAUAAAUCAACCCAUGCGUCCAAUACACGUCAACUGGCAAGUCUAAUAUUCUUUCACAAGUGUGCUGAUAUUAUUUAUGGCAUUUCUACACUAAUGCAGUAGUCUGCAUAACAGUAAAUCUUCUAUUUUUUGUGAGAAUAAAAAUUCAAAGUGGAAAACAAAAAAUGUAACAGAGGCCUGGGAAUGUGACUAAUGAACAGAGGAAAUGUUAUUUUAGUGCCAGGAAUGUCUGUCUGUGGUUUAUUCUGGACCCUAUUUAGAAAUUGGCAUCUUUUGAAAUUUGUGUAAAAUUGGAAAAAUUGCCAAUUUCAGACCACUUUAUUGGAUAGUUGAAAUCGGUAAAUGGGUGGUUUCUUGUACUCAUUCAAUAGAAAAAAUGGAGUUCUAGCAAAAGAGUUAUGAUUUUUGUUGACGUACAUGGGAACUGGCCGAAAAUAGGGCUCAAAUUGGGCGAAAUCGCUGAUGCGUAAACAUUGUCGAGACUGCUAACUUCGCGAGAGCAUAAUUCCAUAAGUUUUCCAUCAAAUUUCAUACUUUUGGUGUCGUUGUGAUUGAGAAAAUAUUCUCUAUCAUUUCAUAUAAUUUUUUUUUUUUUCAAAAAAAUUCCGACCCUGAGAAGUUUAGGAGAGGGCCUCCCGACCCUGAAAGGGUUAAAAAUGUAUUGCUCACUGAAAUGGAUGUUUCUUCCUUAUUUUAAGCUUUUUUAAGUAUGUACACUGGUCCCCACCAUCGGAGGUGAGUCACUUUAUUAGUAAUUAAUUGGAUCCAAAAGGCCAACACUGCUGUAAAUAUGAAACACCACUCGGAACAUAAUAAGUCAGGGCCCUAUGUAUCAUGCAAAGGUCUUUUAAACAUCUUUGAUGUGGUAUUACUAUAUUAUUACUACUACAGGUCGGCCAUCACUAAUCCGGCAUCACUGGACUUGUAGUGUGUCGGAUUAGUGAGUUUGCAAGAUUACAGAGUGGUUAGGUUGGAAUACACUUAAUUAACCUAUCAAACGAGACUACUACAUCUUCAUUUUCAUCACUGCUUUCUCUUCCACUGGCUUGCUGCUGUGGAUUUGCAACCAUCUACACAAUUUCUGAGCCAGUAUAAUGAUGAAAUUUGAAAUUGCUAGCUGAAAUUAGUUCUGGAUUACUGAUGGAACCGGAUAACUGAUUACCGGAUUAAUGAUGGCCAACCUGUACUAUAUUUAAGGGGAAAUUUCUGAACUCAUAGAAGUCAGUGUUUGGGAGCAGGUGACAAUUAGGUUUGAUCCACAGACAGGGAGGACAGGUCAAAGAGCCCUUCACUAUCAUUAUGGAACUUUCCUGGAGGAACUUCGAUGUGGUAGAAUAAAAAAAAAAUGACAUCAGGGCAGAAAUUCAAUGGCAUAAAGUGGUGGUGAUGCAAGCAGGUACUGUACUGUACCACAAUUCAGAACAUCUAAAUUUAAUUAAAACCAGUGUACCUAACUUGUAUUGUACAAAACCAGUAAUUUUGUGCAAUGAAUCCUUAUAACAAUAUGUUGUACCCUUCACUUUCAGUAAUUUGUUUUAUAUAAUUUAUCCUAAGUCUUCAAAUAAUAUACUGUACAGUACUGUAUUUAGCAUUGUCCAACACUGUAUUCUCUCUACUCUGGUCAAGCCAUUUCCAUCCUUGAUUAAAUUGGAAAUGAACUGCUGAAGUUUACAUUUUAUUGCACUUAUUAAAUUAGGUUAUACAGUUUCUGCAAAUACUCCAGAUAUUCAUUAAUGCAAAAAUAUUUUUUGCAUGACAGUAUAGCUUACUGCAUAAGUUAGUUGCAUUAAAUGAGAAAUUGUAAUACACGAAAACAAGUUAAUUUUGAGGUUUAUAGAAGUAUCACUUGAAUAUUUUAUAAAUAAUUUCAAGGGAAUGUGUUGAUCCAUAAAAUUGUAGCUACCCUGACUCAUGAAAUCGUAAUAACACACUUGCAAACAAACCAUGGUACAGGUGGGGUUCGAACCUGCAGCCAGUGAGUCGUAAAACUCCAGGCCAGCUUGUAAGCCACCGGCCAUCUGGCUACAAUAAGAUUCAUCCAACUAGGUAUAGUUAUACACCAUAGGGAGGGCCCAUGCUAACCUCCCUAUGGUAUAUAAAUAUACCUAGUUGGAUGAAUUGUAUUGUAGCCAGCUGGCCCAGUGGCUUACAUGCUGGCUUGGAGUUUUACAACCCCCUUGCUGUGAGUUCAAGCCCCACUUGUACCAUGGUAUGUAGCUACCCUAACUCAAAUUAAACCUAAUGACCUCUCAUUGACAAAGCCCUGCAUUACUCUUAUGGGUUUAGCACUUCCCUAUUAAUAUAAUGAUAAUAAUUUGUAAAUCAUGCUAACUAGAUACAAGAUGUGUUGACAGCCAUAAUGAAAGAUACUGUUUAUUUGUCUUAUUUACUGUACGCUGAUAGGCAUAAUGUAACAACAAUUAAGACUGUAGUGCCAUGGGUGUGGAACUAGAAUGAAAUAUAGGCCUACAGUAUAUUUCCUUUAUUUGCAUGAAUAUUUCUUAAUUUGUGAGGAUGGUUAUACAGUACUCUGGAAACUAGCUUUAAUCAAAUUAGAAAUCAACACUGCCUCCUUGAUGUAAAUCUUAACUCACAACUAUGAUCUUUUUAGGUUUAGAUACAACCAACCUGCCAUUAUAUAUGUACUGCUAAUGUAAACACAAGUGUAAUAAGAAAUAAACAAUAGUACAAACAAACUUGCAUGAAAGUAAAACGAAAUAUGAAUACUGUUACAGUACUCGUCUUAAUGUCUUAUUUUACAGUACUGUGCUACUGUAUAUUUUGACUUAAUCCCAGUAUUCAGAAAAUGGCCUCAUUGGUAGGCUGAAAGAUGCAGUAGUCAUCUUUUUGUUUUAUUUUUUUCAUGUGGAUUUGUUUGAGGCAUGUGUAAUGUACAGUAGUUUAGAAGGGUGUGAAUACAAAAAUUAAAUUAUAUUGAUGCCUGUGAAUUUAACAGUAAUGUUGUAAGAGAGAGAGUACAGUAUGUAGAAAUUCAUUGUAAGUAUUGUCAGUGUGAAAAUAUUUCUGAUGAGCUACUGAAAGCCAUGAAUCUUGAAAAAACUGUAGUACAUUCAUAGAAGAUUUGUUAAUCCAUGCAGAGACAACUAAAGAGUUAUUCAUAUAUGUGGCACUUAUCAAAGUCACAUUUCAUCCUUCUGAAUCAUUGUAUAUCUUCAUCACAAUACAAAUAUGAGAUUCACUCAGACUGAAUUUUUAGUAUAUCUGCUAAAUGCCUAAAAGAAAUUUAUUGCUUGGGUCUUGUGAAUGAAUUUUUUCAUCAUUCAUUUCAUAAAUAUUUAUGUCCCUCAGAACUUAUAUGCUGUAUCAUCUUGAAAGAGGUUAUAUUUUGUAUUUUUAUAUUCCAAGAAACUAAGUCAAAUUGGCUUCACAUUAUACAGUAAAUCUGGUAGAAGCAUGAUUAUGUAACGCGUGCAGUCAUUUUUAGUCCAUAUGUAUAAUAUGUACGUAUUGCACAAAUGCAUAUUUAUCAUGCAAAUACAUGCUCUAUGAUCUAA